CACUAAAAAUUUUCACAUACAAUAUUCUCUCAACGUAUAAGCGCAAAAACAAGCUGUACACAAUUGAAAAAAUUAGUUUAUCAACAAAUUGUUAGUGCCACGCAGCUGCAAACAACAUUUUGCAGCAUUUAAUUAAUUCGUUAGCAGUGUAAGUGUUAAGUUAAAAACAAUAUACAAAUGCCAGUGAAAAAUAAUGGUGGUGAAUCUGAUGCGGAGGGCGAUGUCUCUGGCGCAGAGACGGAGCGCUCCAAUUCGAGUCGAGCCAAUGAGUCCAGCGAUGAGGAGGAGGAGGAGGAGGCAAACGAAUGUGAUUCGGACGAUUCAUCCGAAAUGGAUGCAAUCGAAAUUGAAGGACGCCGUGCCGAGCAUAUGGAAGAUAUGGUCAAUCUAGAGCGUCAGUUCAAUCAACUACGCGAACAAUAUUAUUUUGUGCGCCUCAAUCUCAUUGAUAACAAAUUGUCGGAGGUGCGUUCGGGUCGCUCCGAGGAGUUUGUGCAGCCACAAAAGGAACUGGACAAGGUCUAUCGCACGCGUAUUGAAGUAGCCGAUGUGCUGCGCAAGUUUCGUCUGGAUAAUAUAGAGCAUAAAUAUUUAUCCGAAGUGCAGGCGUCCACACAACAUUUUGAGAGCGAAAAGCAGCUGACUGUGGACAGUCUGCGUGAUGAUCUAUUGGAGCGCAUACGUCGUCUCGAGGAGGAUCGCCACAAUGUGGACAUCUCGUGGAAUGAUUGGGGCAACGAUAAACGCCAGAGCAAAGUGCGUGGACCGGGGCGCAAAAAGGCCGUCACUGUCACCGGACCCUAUAUCGUCUAUAUGCUGCGCGAGGAGGACAUCAUGGAGGAUUGGACCAUUAUACGCAAAGCGCUUAAACGCAACACGAGCAGCACUAGUACUGGCCCCACCACUAGCACCCAAGCCGCAGCCGUCAAUAAUCUCGUCACACUUGCGCCGACGGCUAUAGUUGGUGGCAAUGGAUAACGCCGAUUUACUCGGACUCGCUCUAGUUUAGCCCUAAGCAUACAAAGUCGUCAAAAAAGAAGAAGCGCACGCUUUAAGCCCAUAAAACCCAUAAAAAACUAAAUUUAGGUGCAAAAGUAUAAACAAAAGCAAAAGAUUACACAUAAUAAAUGUAGCGUAAAUUUAAUGGCUAUAUACAGCAACAAAUGUAUAUAUACUGGUAGAUCUAUGGAUUAUCGUAUGCCCAUGUCGUGAGGAUUGUCUAUUUAAUAAUAAUUAU